AUGGGGUCCCCGAAGGCGGCCAGGAGCAAGGCGGGCCAGCUGGGCGGCAUCUGGCGCCGCAGGGUCGGCGCGCCCUUCGCCGCCCUCCUCGUCGCGGCCGUCCUCGUCCUCGUCCUCUUCACCGGCCGCUUCCCGCAGGGCCCCGACGCUUCCUCGCGGUUCACCCCGGUACAUGUGGACGACUCCACCCCCCGGACGGUGCGCGACCGGCCGGUCUCCUCCACGGACCAAGACUUGGAGACAUCUGAUUCCUCAAAGCAAGAAGGGGAGACGUCUGAUUCGUCAAAGCAAGAAGAGGAGGGGAGUGACCAAAAAAUUGAGCUUGAUGAAUCUUCCAUGGAGGCAAUGGAAGAGCAGAAACAGCCUCCAGAGGACACUCCUGAGACCAAACCAGCAUCUCAAGGCACUACUCCAGCCAACUCGGACUUGGACGGCGAGGGAGGGAUGGCGACCACGACCGCGCCGGACCAAGAAGAAAGGAAUGCAGGAGGAUCUGGUUCAGCACCAUAUACCAAGUGCACACCUCCACCGAACUCGACGGUCUGCGACCUCUCCAACUCGCGCUUCGACAUCUGUGAGUUGUGCGGCGAUGCUCGCACCAUUGGUCAGUCGUCCACUGUCAUGUAUGUCCCACACACACAAACUUCCGACGGUGAAGAGUGGAGUAUUCGAGCCCAGUCUCGGAAGAACCUUCCCUGGGUCAAGAAGGUGACUGUCAAAUCUCUGAAUACCUCGCAACCAGCACCAAGGUGCACCUCCAAGUAUGCCAUGCCAGCCAUUGUAUUUGCCCUUGGUGGGCUCACAGCAAAUGUGUGGCACGACUUCAGUGAUGUCCUUGUUCCACUGUUCCUCACUGCCCGCCAGUUCGACAGGGAUGUUCAACUCCUUGUGACAAACAACCAACCCUGGUUCAGCAAGAAGUACAUGACAAUCCUGAGCAAACUCACACGACACGACAUCAUAGAUUUUGAUUCAGACGACCAGGUCAGGUGCUAUCCGCAUGUCAUUGUUGGUCUGAGGAGCCAUGGUGACCUUGGCAUCUAUCCAAACCUGUCACCACAGAACUACACAAUGAUGGACUUCCGGUUGUUUGUCCGGGGAGCCUAUGGUCUGCCUGCAGCCAAGGUGGCCAUUCCCUACAAGGCUGAUAGAGAUGAUCCUGACAAGAAGCCCCGCAUAAUGCUAAUUGAUCGGGGCAAAACCCGGAGGUUCAUCAACGCACCGUACAUUGUCCAAGGGCUGGAAUGGUUUGGUUUUGAGGUGGUCAAGGUUGACCCGAAGAUGGACUCUAGUCUUGAUGAAUUCGCCCGCCUUGUUGACUCGUGCGAUGCAAUCAUGGGCGCGCAUGGCGCGGGCUUGACUAACAUGGUGUUCCUGCGAUCAGGGGGAGUGGUGGUGCACAUUGUGCCGUAUGGGAUUGAAUUCAUGGCUGAUGGGUUCUAUGGAAAACCGGCACGGGACAUGGGCCUAGGCCAUGUCAGGUACAGCAUCAGUCCAGAGGAGAGCACGUUGCUGGAGAAAUAUGGGUGGAACCAUACUGUGAUCAAAGACCCCAAAGCCAUUAGGAGCAGUGGAUGGGACAAGGUUGGGGAGGUUUACAUGUCCAAGCAGGACAUUGUCCUGAACAUGACAAGGUUUGGGCCUGUUUUGCUGAAGGCAAUAGAUUUUAUCAUGUAG